AUGACAAAUACAAUUGAAAAUGACGUCAUUGGUGAAUCGGAAGAGGGCACUGACCAGUCGAGUGCUAACUUCACGGGUGAAAAUGAUAUGCCUAUCCUGUCAGCGGCAGAUUUUUCUCCUGAUUUCUCCGUUGACGAGAUGAAGGCUAUGCAUACAAGCCUCACAAACAUUUCCUGGCGCGUUCCAGUUUCUCCAAAGGAUCAUUUGGAGACGGUUUUAUUAGAUUGCAUAAAACUCGCCAGAUCGAUUGUUCGUUAUGGUACACAGGAAGGCGGGACUAUCUCCCGCUUUAAUAAUAUACUAGCAGUUUUACCAGAACUGCGCCUUACUAUCUUGGAAGAAGAAAUCGAUGUAGAGGCUUUGAACCUCAAGGUUUUUGCACGAUCAUCCAUGCCGAAGCGGUUGCCGCUGCUGGAGGACUUUAUUAAUCUUUUCGGCAGAUUAGGUGGAUUCGAUGCCAUUGUUUCACGUUUCCAAAGCCAGGAGAAACAACCGCUAACAAUGCGCCUUAUUUUCGAGUACCUCAAGCCAUUCGAAGCGUGCUGUUACUACCUGACUGAUGAGGUGGUAAAUGAGUUUCUUCUUCCAAUGACAGAAAUGGCUGUUGCCUUUCUGAAGAACUUGACUGACGAGGACAUUCGCCAGUUAAUUAGGCUCAAUCAACGCAGUAGCCAUUUCAUGGACUUCUCACUAAUCCGUACCUUUUACCAACGCAUCUACGGUUCGAAUUACAACAACGAGGAGUUAGAUGAUCUUCGUCUACAGUUCAUCCUGCGAGUGAUGAAGGUAAGCUUCUGGAAAUAG